AUGGCAGAUGUACCAGCCUCGGCAGCUGCAGUCGACAAGAAUGUAGACGACGCGGCGACCCAGAAGGGCGAGGACUCGCUAGAGGAGGAUGCAACAUCUGCCAGCCGCAAGGAGGACAAGACCGGAUCAGACGAACAGGAAGCGGCGAAUCAGAACGGAGAUGUCGAACACGAGGAUGAGGACGAGGAGAAUGAAGACGGAGACGAAGACUACGACUCUUCCGAAGAGGAAGCCAGUGGAAACGUAGGGCUUUCGUACUUGCUAGAAGAUCACGACGACGAGGAGUCGGAAGACGAAGACUUCCACGAAUCACAAGAGGAAGACGACGAAGACGAUGAUCCAGGUAAGUCACCCGUUCUCCAGCUCGAUUUUCCGUGUUGGCCAACCAAGCUCAUUCUGCGCUUUCUCGACUUAUACGCAUCCAUCGACCGCUCUUCCGGCGCUGACCUUCAACACAGAAAUCCAAGAGUCAGACGACGAAGAUGGCACACCCGCCUCUUCAAGUGCAAAGCGUAA